ACCCAUCAUGGCAGGCGACGACACCACGUCGUCCUCGACGCUCAUCGUCGUCGUGAUCGUCUGCACAGUCGUGAUCGUCUUGACGCUUCUCGGUCUCUUUCUCUAUUGGCGUAAGAAGCACGCGCGGUCGCAAGGCCUCUUACCGCAGGUAUACGAGCUCCAGCAACCAUUCGACGACCAUAUCAUCAUGGGCCCACCGACGCUCUCGCCGCCCUCGAGCCGCCCGCCAAUGAUGUCACCGCGCAAGCCAACCACGAUCAACAGCACGAACAACAGCAACAACCACAACCGUAGCAGUCAAAUCAAGAGCAGCAGCCAGCAGGAUGGCAGUGACCACAACAAACCCGGGUCCCAGAAUUCGGCCAACAACUCGGACAAGCCGACCGUACCAAAUCAAGGCCACCGAGCGUCGUCAGCCGAGCCUCCCAAGCCCAACGUCACCGACUCGGCAUUCUCCGAAGUCGAUGAUGCGCUUGAUGACUUUGAUCCGAAAUGGCGGCUACCAAAAGCCAGUGUCGUCAUCACGGCGCGUGUCGCCAAAGGCGCGUUUGGCGAGGUCUUCCUCGGUACGUACCUCGGGGAGACGACGGUCGCGGUCAAGUCGGUCUUGAAGGAGAAGCGCAAGCUCAAGGUCAUCCAAGCGUUCAUCGACGAGAUCAAGCUCAUGGCGCGUCUCGACUCGCCGUACAUUGUCCGGUUUUACGGCGCCAUUUACUCGCAUCCGUCACGCAUUCGCUGCGUCAUGGAGUACAUGGACUCGGGCGACCUCAAGGACUUUCUCAAAGUGCAUCCCCGGGCGCACGUCAACUGGGCGUGGAAGCUCGAGAUUGCCCUUUGCAUUGCCAAGGGGCUCGUAUACCUCCACGAGCUGCCCGUGAUCCACCGUGAUCUCAAGUCGCGCAACAUCCUCAUGGACUCGCACAUGGGCUCCAAGCUCUCGGACUUUGGCGUCUCGCGCGAAGAGACGACCGAGACCAUGACCCGGGGCGUCGGCACGUACCGCUGGAUGGCGCCCGAAGUGCUCAAGGACGGUCACUACAGCGUCGCGGCCGACAUUUUCUCAUUUGGCGUGAUUUUGACCGAACUCGAUACGCACCAAAUCCCAUAUCUCGACAAGCGCGACGCCAAAGGCAAGAUGCUCUCGGACGCCAACCUCAUUGCACAGGUGCUCCGGGGCACGAUGAAGCCGAGCUUCUCGUCCGACUGCCCGCCGUGGGUCCGCGUCCUCGCGCUCCAGUGCAUGUCCAACGACCCAAGCAUGCGCCCGACUGCGUCGGACCUCGCUGUCGGCCUCCAACAACGCCUCGAUGUUGAAAAAUCCCAAAUGUAAACCUAUCUAGAUUC